CGGCAGAGCAAGGGAUAUGGGGAGAUCACGAAGCGAGUCGUCUUCAGCCACGGCACUGAGAUGGCGUUUACGGGAAAGACGGUGGACGGGACAAGCUACGACAGCAAAGAGCAGGGGACUUACGUCUGUGCUGUAGGAGGACUCCCUCUGUUCUCAUCGGAGCACAAGUAUGACAGUGGGACCGGGUGGCCAAGUUUCUUUCAACCUGUUGACCCCGAUCACGUCAUUGAGCGCAUCGACACAUCAGCUGCAGGCAUGACAAGGGUUGAGGUUCUCUGCGCAAGGACCGGAGCUCAUCUCGGCCAUGUCUUUCCGGACGGACCUGAGCCGACAGGGAAGCGCUACUGCAUCAACGCAGCUGCACUCAAGUUUGUUCCC